CAAACUUCUGUUGGACAUUGAAACAUCUUCGUUACUUUUUGCUUUACAAAAUGUAUUUUGUUUUAUUUUGUGCUCUGUCAGCCUUGACCUUAAGUAGCGCUAAACAGACUUAUAUUGACUUGCCUUCGGACGUUGUCGGUUUACUUACUGAGAAGUCGGUGGGUUGUAUAGCUGAAACUGGUGCGGAUAUCAACAUUCUGCAGCGCGUCUUUCAAUGGCAAUUCGACAAUGAUAAAACAAGCAAAAAGUUCUCAUUUUGCCUUUUCAAAAAUGUCGGUCUAAUUGACGAUACUGGUAAAUUCGAUGAAAGUCAAAUUAUUAGUUCAUUGUACAGGAAUAGUAAUAAAAAGGAGGAGAUAGCAAAGAUCGCUAAGGAAUGUAAUAGUAAAGACAUCAAAAAGCCUUUAAACAAAAUGCAUGAAGGGAUUCAAUGCUUUUUCAAAAAUACCCCUGUUUUGUUACAAGUUAAGUUAUAAAAAAAGUUAUUCUGAGAAAUAAUAAAUAAAUACACUGGUCAUAAAUACUUAAUUGAUUUGUGAAAAUGCUUAUUUGUAUUCGUAUUUUAAAAUCACUCAUAUGUUUAAAUUUAUAUUAAGAUGAAGAAUUUCAG